GUUGUUAGAGCAAGAUUCGAUUCCAAAACCUCCUUUCUUUUUCAUUUUUUAAAAUUUUUGAAUAUUCUCUUUUUUCCUAACCCCCAUUGGCGUUCAAACUGAUACAAUUCUAGGUAGUUCUUGAAGUGGACGCUCCACCAUAUAAAUCUUAGUAGAGUACUUCUAGUUUCAUUCUUUGAUCUCUCUGAGACCUCAACAGUUCCAACUCCUACGAAGCUGCUCCUUAAUGGCGUCUCUCUCACGAUCUUCCUUUGCUUAUAGUUCUAAUGCCACUUUGUUUCGGGGAAAGAGAGACGCCUUCGUAAAAUUAGACAACUGUAUUGUAUUUCACAAUUCUGAUGUUUCUAUAUUAAAUUCAUCUGAGUCGAAACUUGUUUUGCAUAAUUUAUCACAUAAGCGAUGGUCUCGUCGAGUUGGUGUUCCUCGUGCUUCCGCGGAAAUUGUUGAAGGUCCAGUUGUGGAGGAAAAGGGAAAGGAGAAAGGUAGGGUUCUCAGGGUUGGUUUAAUCUGCGGUGGUCCGUCUGCUGAGCGUGGCAUUUCACUGAAUUCGGUGAGAUCAGUUCUUGAUCACAUACAGGGAAAUGAUUUGCAUGUAAGCUGCUAUUACAUCGAUUGCAAUCUUAAUGCUUAUGCUAUAUCCUCUACCCAGGUAUACUCGAACACUCCUGCAGAUUUUGACUUCAAACUUGAAAGCCUUGCCCAAGGUUUUCGGUCUUUGUCUGACUUUGCGGAACACCUUGCUGCCUCUGUGGAUAUAGUAUUUCCAGUUAUACAUGGUCGUUUUGGUGAAGAUGGUGGCAUCCAGGAGUUACUGGAGAAAGUGAAUGUACCAUUUGUUGGGACGCCUUCGAAAGAAUGUUGUCAAGCUUUUGACAAGUAUGAAGCUUCAUUGGAACUUGACAGACAAGGAUUCGUGACAGUACCCAGUUUUUUAGUGCAGGGAAGUAUGUUGAACAAAUCUGAGUUAUCAAACUGGUUUGCAAGCAAUCAGUUGGACACUGAACUAGGAAAAGUUGUGGUCAAACCAGCGAGGGCAGGGUCAAGCAUUGGUGUUACUGUUGCAUAUGGUGUUGAUGAUUCCCUUAAGAAAGCUAAUGAUAUAAUCUUAGAGGGAAUUGAUGAUAAAAUCCUAGUUGAAGUUUUUCUUGAAGGAGCAAGUGAAUUUACAGCAAUUGUCCUUGAUGUUGGUUCUGGUUUUGAUUGCCGUCCUGUGGUUUUCCUCCCAACUGAGGUGGAGCUUCAAUUCCUUGGCAGUGGCGAUGUUGGGGAGAAGGAUGCGAUUUUCAAUUACCGAAGGAAGUAUCUUCCAACACAGCAGGUUACUUAUCACACACCGCCUCGUUUCCCGACCGAUGUGAUUGAAUGUAUACGAAAAGGAGCAUCUCUGUUAUUUCAGCGGCUUGGCUUAUGCGACUUUGCUCGAAUAGAUGGAUGGUUUUUGCCUCCUUCUGUUCAUCUCUCUCCGUCUUUGGAGAUGGGUAAUAAGUUUGGAUGGGCUAAAUCGGGCGCAGUAGUUUUUACAGAUAUCAACCUGAUUAGUGGGAUGGAGCAGAACAGCUUUUUGUUUCAGCAAGCAUCUAAGGUUGGAUUUUCUCAUUCUAAUAUCCUCCGAACUAUUAUCCAACGUGCUUGCUUGCGGUUUCCUGGUAUUGCAUCAUAUGGUAAUUCAUCAAUUACAUUGCCUAGACAAUCAAAAUCAUCACAAUGUGCUGAAACACAACCCAGUCAGAAAGCUCGAAAAGUUUUCGUCAUUUUCGGAGGCGAAACCUCAGAGCGCCAAGUAUCUCUAAUGAGUGGAACAAAUGUUUGGCUCAACUUGCAAGCAUUUGAUGAUCUUGAAGUAACUCCGUGUUUGCUAGCCCCCACAAAUGGAUAUUCAUCAAUUAUUAACCGAGAUAAGAAGGAUAUUGAUGUCAUCUCCAGAACAGUAUGGUCAUUACCUUACUCUCUUGUACUACGGCACACUACAGAGGAAGUUCUUGCGGCAUGCAUGGAGGCACUAGAACCGGCCAGAGCUGCAUUAUCAUCAAAUUUACGGGACCAGGUGAUGAUUGAUCUUAUGGAAGGCUUGAAUAAACAAAGUUGGUUUUCUGGGUUUGAUGUAGCAGAUGAUCCACCAUUGAAAUUUUCACUGGAGCAAUGGAUCAAGCUAGCUAAGGAGGUUGGAGCUACAGUAUUCAUUGCAGUACAUGGAGGUAUUGGUGAGGAUGGAACGCUACAAUCCUUAUUAAAAGCUGAAGGAGUUCCUUAUACAGGUCCAGGUUUUGAGGCUUCCAGAACUUGUAUGGACAAAGUUGCAACUUCUGUCGCUCUUAGCAAUCUAGCAAGUUUUGGAGUGCAUACCAUACCUAAGGAUGUCAGCAGCAAAGAGGAUCUACUGAAUUCCCCCAUAACUGAUAUUUGGCAUGACUUGACCACUAAACUUCAAUCUGAAACAUUAUGCGUGAAACCAGCUCGGGAUGGGUGUUCAACUGGAGUUGCUAGAUUAUGCUGUGCUGAGGACCUUGCUGUUUACACAGAUGCAUUGGAGAAGUGCCUUCUAUGCCUUCCUUCCAAUAGUUUAUCAAAGGCACAUGGAAUUAUUGAGAUGCCAAACCCUCCUCCAGAGAUAUUAAUCUUUGAACCUUUUAUUGAGACUGAUGAGAUAAUUGUUUCAUCGAAAUCAAUAAAUGAAAAUGCACAUUGCCUUAUGUGGGAAGGACGUAGUAGAUGGGUUGAAGUGACUGUUGGUGUUGUGGGUAAACAUGGAGCAAUGCACUCACUGACCCCUAGUGUUACUGUCAAGGAAACUGGAGGCAUUUUAUCACUUGAGGAGAAAUUUCAAGGUGGAACUGGCAUCAAUCUGACUCCACCCCCAUCAUCAAUUGUUAGUGAAGUGGCCAUGGGAAGAUGUAAAGAGCGGAUUGAAAUAAUAGCAAAUGCUCUGGGAUUAGAAGGAUUUUCACGUAUUGAUGCAUUCGUGAAUGUAGACAGCGGGGAGGUGUUGGUCAUCGAGGUGAAUACAGUACCUGGAAUGACUCCUUCCACUGUUUUGAUCCAUCAGGCACUUACAGAGCAACCACCAAUGUAUCCUCAGCAGUUCUUCCGCGUUCUGCUUGAUUUGGCAUUAGAGAGGUCAACUUAAAUUCUUAUUUCCAUCACUUUCUAUAGGAACAAUGUGCGGCUUAAGUCAUUUCCUUGAACUUGACUGUGGACCUCUCUCAUAAAUUAGAUUUUAGUUGAAGUUCUCUUUUUCUUUUCCCUCAUCUUUGAUACUCACGUAUCAAGUAAAUUAUCUAGGAAAACACUGUCAAUAACAUGUAUGAUAGUAUGACCUAUUUCCACUCUAUGAUUGAUGGAUCUUUAUAAUCCAAUUUCACCUUGUUCUUAUAUUAAUGAAUAAGUUUUCUUCUUGGGAUUA